GAGAGCGUUUGAAACAAAGAGAUUCAGAGACUCAGACUCGUAGGCUCGUUGGCUUGAAGGUUUCAUAGGCUUGUAUACAAUAUACAGUAACAGUAUACAAUACAGUUCAUUCGUUGCGUUAAAUAUGUCUCAAAGGCCACACGACCCAAGAAAGAAAGAGAAAAGGACUGGUGUGAUAUAUCUGACGGGAGACAAGAAACAUACACUGUCAAGAGAUUAAAAACCACACGCAGUCAGGAAAAUCAGGAAGCAAGAAAGACGACGACCAGUGAAGAAAAAAAGAAAAAAACUGAUAAAUGUGCCGGUACGCCCAACUCCUACAUACAUGCGGCCACGUCUCGAAUCCAUAUUUACAUUCCUUUUGCCAGCAUCUGCGCGACGAGCUCGAGCGCAUCAAUGAUCCGCGGGAACGAGAACUAUGGGAACUGCCCUUUGAGACUGGGUCAGGGACAGAUACAAUUUCAGGAACUGAUCGCGGUCGUGGCCCUGUUUUUGGAUCUCUGGAUAUCGACAUUGUCUCUGACCUUGACGCUGGCAUUGGUAUGGCUCGUGGCCCUGAUGGUGCUGUAUCGGAUUUUUUGAAAGACGUGUCGUUUCGUCAGGGACAGGGACAGGGACAGGCCGGACAGAUGGGGCAGACGGGACAGGCGGUGCAGGGACAGACGGGACAUAUGGGGCAGAAGGGGCAGGACGGGCAAGCGGGACAGCAGGCCGACUAUAUCACGGUCUGUAUAAAAGGAAAGAGUAAGCUUGGUGCGUUUUCUGUCCCGCGGCGGGACUGCGCAUUGUACCAUAGAAGGAGAUUGAUGGAUGGGGGUCUGGCUCCAGCUUCGGCUUCGGCUUUAGGUUCGCCUUCAGUUGCACGCCAACCGGUGGAGCAGUAUGUGGAUCCUGCGGCACUUGUUCUGUCUGGCGCUGAGACUGGUCACAUGUCGGUCGGAAGCAGGAGACUGGUGAACGGAUAUGUUGGACAGGCAGAACAGCGAGAAAGUGGAAGUGGAACUAGAACUGGAAUUGUAACUCCCAGUGAAGGCGGAAAUGGAAAUGGAAAUGGAAAUGAAAGUGCGGAUAACAACAACGAAGGUCAAGAAACACAACAAGUUCAAGCUCAGCAAGCUCAACAAACGCAAGCAUUGCAGAGUAAUAGCACCCAAAUCGAGACGCAGAAAAAACAGCCGUAUCUCCAAGACGACGAAAUUCAAGACUUGAUUAACCUAAUCGACUCUUCUGGACAAGACCGUGUAUUAUCUCAUGACCAAACAACACCUGCCGCAGAAAAAUUUUGCUGGUCGUCAACGGUGCCGUGGUCUGCAUCAUUCUACUCGUCGUCUUUGCCGCUCCCAACGCCAUCAGCGGUAGUAACAAUGCCAACACCAGCAGUGUCGUCACCUGUAUCAGCGCUUUUGUCGUCGUCUUCAACGUCAGGAAGCUUAGCAUCAACACCGGCAACAGUAUUAGCAACGACACCGACAGAGGCAACAGCCACAGGACUCAACGUGAAAUCAGCAGCAGGGGCAGCAGCAACAGAAAACAAUUCUUCGUCAAAAUGUCUGCCUACUCCCUCACAAAUUGCGCUGAUUCGCUGCGAUAGAACAUGCUCCGAGUGUGAGCAAUUGAGCCAGUGGAAGCGCAAAGGGAUGCGGUCGACCUAGGGCAAAACCCUGGCCUUAUUGCUAACCUCAAAGUAGAGAUUAGAGAUAGAAGCAUUUUAUUACAAUUUUUGCAUAUUGGCGGAUGUGCCCAAAUGUGACCUUUGAUCAUGAGUUCUUUCGUAAGGGCGAACCAUGUAAAUAAUAUCAACGCGUCAAGCUGGUGUUAAAGGAGAUCGGGUCACGUGAGAUAAAUCAGAAUGAAUUUGGACGAUUGCUCCCUGAGUAAUUCUUCAAGUUCUAUGUGUGCAUUCUGUGAUAAAAAUUAGUAUAAUUGAGUUUCCGUUCUAUU